AUGGCCACGUUCCUCCAUGCCCUGGCCGCGGCCGGUGCCCGCCGCGGCGGCGGUAGCGGGAACCCCACCGCCGGGUUCGAGAAGGUGGAGCUCGCCGACGGCGACUUCGUGGUGCAGAGCCCGUACAACGUGCCGGAGAGCCAGCGGUUCCGGUACCGCGACGGCGUGCGGACGUUCUGGGUGUACAAAGACGACAAGCCCUUCAACACCGCCACCCACACCAACCCCCGAUCCGAAGUCAAGAUCCGGGGCCACGACUACUCGUCGGGGGUGUGGCAGUUCGAGGGCUACGGCUACGUGCCGUCGGGGACCUCCGGCGUGUCGGUGAUGCAGAUCCACAACGAGGAGGGCGCCGCGCACUCCACCGUGCUGAUGCUGCACGUCUACGACGGCGUCCUGCGCUUCUACAGCGGGGCGGCGGUGGAGCCCGGCAUCUACGACCGGUGGUUCCGGCUCAACGUCGUCCACGACGUCGGCGCGUCGACGGUGGCCGUGUACGUCGACGGCGAGGAGAGGUUCAGCACCAGGGUGAUCCCCAGCGACUCCUACUACUUCAAGUUCGGGGUGUACAUGCAGCACCACGACCAGUCCAGCUGCAUGGAGUCGCGGUGGACCAACGUCACACUCUACACCAGGCACUAG